ACUCGUCAAGAAAUGAUCAGCUGGCAAAUCGCUCCACGGCGCAUGCUCCAAUCUAUGACAUCAACAACAAUGGCGGCGAACAGAGAUGAGAUCCUGGCGAAUUUUCAGGCCUGUACGGGUAUCGUGGACUUUAUGGAGUGCCUUGCCCACCUGGAACAGAAUGACUGGAAUCUUACGGGUGCUAUCAAUUCAGUGUUCAGUGCACAGGGUGACGGUGGCAGCAGUAGCAGUGGUGGAGGUGGCAGCAGAGGCGGCGGGCAGGAUGAGAGUGGCGUUCAGGGACGCUCUGCCUUUUCAGAGAUCCCCAUGGAUGCUCAAGAGCCCGUGGUUGAAGAUAUAGACUCCACCAUACAGCCCACCUUCUCUGACACCGCUGGUCCCUCCUCCGGUCCCUCCUCAUCCCCCUUCAUCCCCUCUCCUGUUACUCUUUCCUCCCUCAGAAGACCUCGCUUCAUCCAAUUUAGCAUCAAUCACAGGGGAAAGGUCAUCACAUUAUCAGUCACAGAUGAACACAAAGUUGAUCAUUUAAAAGACCUACUCUCAAAGCAGCUGAAUAUACCAAAGAUCGCCCUCUAUCUGUCAGGAUGGGAUAAUAGAUCACCUUUACCAAGUGAUGAGACAACUCUAUCUACUCUCAACCUUCCCGCUGAAGUUAGUCUGACUCUAAGCACUCCGACAGUUGCAGGGGAAGCACUCCAGCCUUGCUCCUCUAAUGGAGAUGAGCUGUCAUUUCCAGAGCGACUCAUGAGGCAUACAGAACUAGUCAUUACCGAUAUGGAUGAAAACACAGUAUAUAAUCUAAGAUACGAAGGCUGCAAGACUAUUCUGGACGUCAAGCAGGGUAUAUUUGCAUUGACUAAUAUCCAGCCUAGAAGACAAGAAUGGAUAGGGUGGCCUAAUGAUAUGGACACACUUACGUUAGCAGCUUCAGGUAUUGAUUUCCCUCGUCACAUCCUAUCAUUCAAGAGAUUACCAGCUGAUGAACAUCAAAAUAAUAGGUCUCAGGGUGGAGCCAGCAUAGACGCAGGGAACGACAGCAGUGAUAGCGACGAGUACGACGAUGCCCAGGAGGUGAUGGACCUCGAUGACCAUGCAAUGUUUGGUUCAGACAGUUCAUCGCACAGAGACGGGCCUCUAUUACCCGAUGACCUGGAGGAUGCGACAGAAUCGUUAAUACAUUUUUCACAAGAAUUUUCUGGUCGCUAUGGCAACACGCAUCCAAGUUUCUACAUGGGGCCGUUAGAGGAUGCAAUUAAAGAAGCUUUUAAUGUUCCAGCCAAAGAUAGGAAACUAUUAGCAGUCUAUGUCCACCAUGACAAGAGCGUACAAAGCAAUGUUUUCUGUAGCCAAUUGAUGUGUUCUGAUAGUAUAGCCAACUUUCUCAAUCAAAACUUUGUCACAUGGGCAUGGGACAUGACAAGUCCAAAGAAUAGAGAAAGGUUAUUAACAGUAUGCACAAAAAUAUUUGGUAGUGUUACAGCGUCAACGUUAAAGAAUUUACAGCAGGAUAAGUUUCCUUUGUUACUAUUGGUCAUGAGGAUACGAUCGAAUACAGAAGUCUUCUCAGUAUUACAAGGUAACCUAUCCCUUGAUGAAUUAAUGACGAGUCUAAUACAAGCAGUGGACUUCUUCUCAGAACAGCAACAAGCAGAUGUUGUACAAGAGGAAGAAAGAAGAGCGUCAUUGAUGCUGAAGCUAGAGCAAGACCAGGCAUACCAAGAAUCAUUAAUAGCAGACAGAGCAAAGCAAGAAGAGAAGGAAAGACAAGAAAGAGAAGAAGGAGAGAGGAUCAUGCGGGAACAACAGGAAGAACAGAUGAAGAAGGCAGAGGAAGAGGCAAUAAGGUUAUCGCUAGAGCAGCAGCUAGCGGACGAGCCCGACGAGGGUUCGGACCUUCCCAUCAGCACGCUGAGGAUGAGACUUCCGACGGGUGAGACGAUGACGAGGAGAUUCCUGGCUUCUGAGAGGCUACAGAUGGUGCUUGUCUUCCUAGGUUCCAAGGGCUAUCACUCGGAUACCCACAAGAUCCUGACCACCUGGCCAAAAAGAGAUCUCACAAGCGAAGAUGGACAUCAAAACCUUCAACAGCUCGGCCUGUGCCCACAGGAGACUUUGUUUGUAGAAGAACGCUAAAGGAAGCUCCUCUCCCACAACGUUAUUGUUAUUAUGUUCUGUGGAAGGGAACUGCUACGGAAAUCUUCGCCCCCCUCCAUCUCCGGCGAGGACCAUCAAAGCAAGGUCAGAGUGCAGUCAAUGGAAUCAAAGAGGGAGCAGCAUCGCACCUUCUGUCUGAGUAUAUCUCACCUGAUCCCGUUAUAUACUUCCAUUUUACGGGAGACCUAAAGCGUGGAUGAGUAUUUAAAGGAUGCAAUAUUGGUAUACUCAAUAUCAGAAAUUUCAUAACUGCAUGAAAUUGUUAGUUUUCUCCAUUAUUUCAUGGGAACACAGCACAGUCUUAUUUCAGUUUGCAAAGGCUUUUAGCUUUCAGCAGCAGUUAAAAAAGAAAAACAUUGAUACCUUUUCAAAUUUUGUUUCUGAUUUUUGGGUAGCUAUCAUUUUUUGUUUAAUUUACUUGCUCACACUGGUCAUUUAUUUACAUUUUAUUGCAAUACCUUUUUACUUGAUUGAAUGUGAAAUCUACUUUCAUGUUAAUUCAUGCAAAACUGUUAUUUUAAAGAAAUUCAUUCACAUUGGACAAAUUUGAAUGAUUGUUCAUUUUGCCAGGCCCUUUGAAUUGCUUCCUAAGACUCAACCAUUAAAAUAAAAUCAAAACACCACAUAUUUUGCUUUGCUUCCGAAUUUAUCAAUUUUUUAUUCAUUUUUUUUGUCUCUGUGAAUAGAAAAAAAUCAUUCCUUGAUUAUGAAUCGUUACAAUUUCUCCACUCACAAAAAUAGAUAUAUUUGUUCUAGCUCGAGACUGAUUAUCCCUUUAAAAAAAAUAAGGUGUUUAUGUAGUAAAAUUGUUAAUGAACAAUAAUAUCAUCCAAGUGAAGUGUCCAAAAGAUAUUACGGGGAUAAAAAUGUCAUUCAAGCGAGCACAAAAUGACAAAAUUUGCUACCCAAAAUACCAUGAAGAAAGUGACGAAUAAAUCUCCAUCAAACAUUUGAAAUAAACAAGGUCUUAAAAAUGGAGCACCUGUGUACCAGCCUAUGAAGCUUGCUGUGCGUAAAGUUUUUAACGCCAUCCUAAGUGUCUCUACAUUGAAUAAUAUUGCUUGGAAGAUGACCCUAACACCUUUUUGAAUGCCAUGCUUAUUUUGCACAUAUCUCAGCUUUUGCACAUUCUCUUCCAGAAUCAUGUAUGUUAUUCAUAUAUACAAACACUUCGGUUAUUUUUAAAUGAUUCUGAUUUAACUCAUUUUGAGAUCGUUACCACAACUGGCUUUUAUGUUAAAGUCAUGCUGUAAGAGAAAUAAAGUCUUGCUUGCCUUGGCUGUAAGUAGUAUGUGACCACUAAGCAAGAUUGGAAGAUCAUUUCUUGGAAAAAUGGCAACGUGAUUCUGGACAAUAUUUCAGAAGCAUCUUAUUAGUUAUUUUCAUUGACAAAUUUGCUCUCGUCCAAUCAGAUGCAAGGAUUUCAGUAGCUUACAACAGGUGUCAAUGGAAAUCGCUUGAGAGGAUGCCUUAGGAAAUUCUACUGUGAUGUAUUGGUAAAAUCUGUAAUGAUAUA